UGAUCCAUUGCCCCGCCAUCGAAAUCAACCCCGCAGUCGGCCGUCCUUGGAAGACCGAGAAGAGAGAGAGGCACGCGUUCCCUACGUACUUGAUUCCUCUGCUUCACAUCCUUUCCGAGCGACCCUUUUACUUUCACAAACGGCUCUUCCAGAUCGUGAUGGCCGACAAUGACAAGUCAGAGACCUCUGGUGAGCCUCAAGGCCGCCAUGUAACUUACUGCGGUGUCUGCACUCUUCCCCCAGAGUACUGCGAGUAUGGAGGCACUGUAAAGAAGUGCCAGGACUGGCUGGAGAAGAAGCAUCCCGACCUUUAUGCGAGAAUCUGGUCAGCAGAGGCCCUUGAACAAGCAACCGCAUCCCUUUCAGUCGACGCCCAGAAGCGAGCCGCCAAAGACGCACAAAAGAAGGCUGCCAAGGCCGAAGCUGCUGAGGCCAAGCAAGCCGACAAGUUGGCCAACAGUAUGGUCACUAUCAAGCGGAUCGAGCGCAACAAGAGAAAGUAUGUCACGUCAGUCUCCGGUCUCGAGUCAUUCGGUCUUGAGAACAAGAAAGUUGCCAAAGAGUUUGGAAAGAAGUUUGCGACUGGCUCGUCCGUCACCAAAACCCCAAGCGGCAGCGAGGAGAUUGUCGUUCAAGGAGACGUCAGCGACGAGAUUGAAGAGUUUUUGUUGGAAAAGUAUAAGGAGAUACCCGAGGAUAACAUUGAGUUGGUCGAGGACAAGAAGAAAAAGGCUGCCCCGACAGCUUGAGCCUUGAAAGGCGUAAUCCAUCAAUUGAGUAUGCCUGGCCGUCAUCAUGUUUCUGUCAUUAUUCCCAGUACGCCAUGUAAAUCCAAUCCAUA